AUGGCAGAGCAGGUGGUAGCGCAGCUCCGGGAGGACUGCGCCACGCCGUUGGCGCGGCUGGAUUCUGUGGCCGCGGCGAUGGAGGAGGAGAUGAGGGCGGGACUGCGGGAGGAAGGCGGGAGCAAGAUAAAGAUGAUCGUCUCCUACAUCGACAACCUCCCCAACGGGAGCGAAGAGGGCUUGUUCUACGCGCUGGACCUCGGAGGAACAAACUUCCGCGUCCUGCGCGUGCAGCUCGCGGGCAAGGACAAGCGCGUCGCCAACCUCGAGUCCAGGGAGGUCUCUAUUCCUCCUCAUCUCAUCUCAGGAAGCUCCGCGGAUCUGUUUGGCUUCAUCGCGUCUGCUCUGGCCAAGUUCGUUGCCGACGAAGGGCCGCAGAACAAAGUAGUAUUGGGUGGCAAGCAGAGGGAGCUGGGGUUCACCUUUUCUUUCCCCGUCAGGCAAACGUCCGUUGCAUCUGGCACGCUCAUCAAGUGGACCAAGGAGUUUGCGGUAGAUGACGCGGUUGGUGAAGAUGUGGUAGCUGAAUUGAAGACGGCCAUGGAGAAGCAAGGCCUGGACAUGCGUGUGUCUGCUCUGAUCAAUGACACCGUCGGAACGCUGGCUGCGGGCAGCUACAACGACGAAGAUAUUGUCAUCGGCGUUAUACUGGGUACUGGCUCAAACGCUGCAUAUGUCGAGAAGGCAAAUGCCAUACCCAAGUUGAACGGAGAGUUGCCGCAAUCAGGAAAUAUGGUUAUAAAUACAGAGUGGGGUAACUUCAAUUCGCCUUGCCUUCCAAUCACAGAAUAUGACCAAGCACUAGAUGAGGAGAGCGUAAACCCCAGAGGCCAGAUCUUCGAGAAGCUGAUUUCUGGACUGUAUCUAGGCGACAUCGUGAGGAGGGUGCUUCUUAAGAUUGCCACGCAGUGUUCGAUUUUCGGCGAUGUCGACAGCACGAAACUCAGAUCUCACUUUGUUCUCAGGACUCCUGAUGUAUCCGCAAUGCACCACGACGAAACACCUGAUCUCACGAUUGUGGCUGAGAAACUGGCUGCAAAUCUGAAGAUCGCAGACACAUCCUUUGAGACUCGCAAGAUGGUGGUCGAAAUCUGCGACAUCGUCACCACCCGGUCUGCCAGGCUGGCUGCAGCAGGGAUCGUGGGGAUCAUGAGGAAGAUCGGGAGGGGCACCCCGGAUGACAAGAGGAAGACGGGCAUCGCGAUCGACGGAGGGCUGUUUGAGCACUACGGCAAGUUCCGGCAGUGCCUGGAGAGCACGCUGGUCGAGCUGCUGGGAGAGGAGGCGUCCAAGUCGGUGUCUGUCAAUCUCACCAAAGAUGGGUCGGGGCUCGGAGCUGCCCUCAUUGCGGCUGCUCACUCCCAAUACACCAACUGAUCAAAUUUGAGCUUCUGUCUGUCGCUUGCUGUUGUUGAAGUGUGUA